AUGGCGACGUCUGUGGAUUACGAAAUAAGCGAGGACGACCAGAGCAGGAUCGUCGAGUUCAGCACGGUUUUCAACAAAAAAAAUAUGGCCGAGACAAGGCUGAAAGCUCUUAAAGAACAGGUGCAAAAUAUUGAUGAUGCGCAAGAGGAGCUCAUGAUUAACAUGGAUACGCCUUACCUCAAAAUAGGUGACUGCUUCCUCAGACUAGAAGAAUCCGAACUGGAUGAGCACCUAGAAGCGGAAAAAAAAGAGGCAACCGACGAAAUCAGGCAACUGGAGCAGGAGAUCGAUGAACACAUAGCGAGGACAGCAGAGCUCAAGGCGAUGUUGUAUGCAAAGUUCGGAAAUCGUAUCAACUUAGAAGCCUGA